AUGAGAAGAAAUUCUAGAAUGAAUGUUACAUGGAAAACAUUGUCGAACGUUGUUGUCCUAAUUCUGUUAUGCCGUAGCCUUGUUACAUGUUACGCACAGUUUGGCGCAGACUAUGACGAUACGCCGUCGGCUCCACCACCGCCCAAGGAAAUGGAGAACUGCAACGGUAUCUUUAUAACUUAUUCUUUUAAUGGAAGGGAUAAGCUAUACCCCCACGUGAAGAAUGCAUCGGCGCAGGCGUGGUCAUUCCAAUCCGUGAUGACUGUAUUGAAUGUGGGGACUGUUGAGCUGAAAGCAUGGAAGGUAUAUGUUGGAUUUCAGUACAACGAGCUGUUGGUUUCGGCCGAUGGGGCUAUAGUUGUCGAAGGUGAUGGAUUUCCUUAUCAAGUGGGAAAGAAUGGAACAGUUUUCGCAGGUUAUCCCAUGUCUGAUCUGAAGACAGCCAUUGAAACAGCAGGAGAUUAUCCUUCCAUGCAGGUUCAGAUCAUGAUUAAAGGUACCCAAUUUGGAUUGAAGAAAGGUAAUCCUAUGCCGAAAACCAUAAGAUUGGCAAACGAAGGCUACAUUUGUCCGAAAGCAAGGCACACAGCUAGCUAUAUGGACGUUUGUUGCGUCAGGGAUCCAAAAUACAAGCCGAAGGUUGUUAAAACCAAAUUCAUGCCUCGCCAAUAUGGUGACCUUAAUAUGGUAUAUGAUGUGAUGCAAGCCUAUGAUAACAAGUAUUUGGCUCAAGUCACAAUUGAUAACAUCAACCCGCUAGGUCGUCUAGAUCGUUGGAAUUUGACUUGGGAGUGGAUGAGGAAUGAAUUUAUAAACACUAUGAAGGGAGCCUACACUCACAAGAAGGAUACUUCUGAUUGUGUUUACGGCCCCCAGGGGAAAUAUUAUGCGGACUUUGAUUUCAGCACUGUGAUGAGCUGCAACAAGAAGCCGAUCAUCUCUGAUUUGCCUCGUGAGAAGAAGGAUGAUGAGAAGGUUGGAAAGUUGCCAUAUUGCUGCAGGAAUGGUACUAUUUUGCCCACUAUAAUGAAUGAGACCGAGGCAAGGACCAUUUUCCAACUUGAGGUUUUUAAGCUUCCACCAGACAUGAACAGAACGGCUCUUACUCCACCUCAGAAUUGGCAAAUUACCGGUCUUCUGAAUCCAACCUACAAAUGUGGCCCUCCUAUUAGGGUUGAUCCCACAGAAUUCCCGGAUCCCAGUGGACUUGAUACCUCAACAGAAGCCAUUGCAAGUUGGCAAGUAACUUGCAACAUUACUCGUCCCAAGCCUAAGGAAAAUAAGUGCUGUGUUUCUUUCUCAGCUUACUAUGCUGAUUCCGUCAUCCCCUGCAAUACUUGCGCUUGCGGAUGCCAGCAGCCAAAAUCUCAAUGUGAUGCCAAUGCUCAGUCAUUGCCACUUCCUCCUCAAGCCUUACUUGUACCAUUCAAUGAUAGAGCCAAUAUAUCACAGGCUUGGGCUCACGUGAAGGGAUUCAAACUCCCAAAGAAGUCACCCUGUCCGGAUAACUGUGGGGUGAGCAUUAACUGGCACAUUGACUCUGACUACAGGAAUGGAUGGACUGCAAGAAUGACCCUUUUCAACUGGCAAGAAGACGUUUUUGAGGACUGGUUCACUGCAGUUCAAUUGAAGAGAACCGGCGCUGGUUUUGAAAAGGUAUACUCUUUCAAUGGCACAUUACUGCCUAAAACGAAUAACCUCAUUUUCAUGAAAGGUUUACCUGGAUUGAACUUCUUAAUGGGAGAGGUAAAUGGGACUCGCCCCAAAGAUCCUAGAGUCCCUGGUAAACAGCAAUCCGUGAUUUCAUUCACCAAGAAAGCCUUGUCCGAUAUCAAUAUAGCUAAGGGUGAUGGGUUUCCUACAAAAGUAUACUUCAAUGGUGAAGAAUGUUCACUUCCAACAAGGUUACCGCAGAGAUCAGCUGGGGUAUAUCAAGCUACAUUUAACUUGUUGCCAGCAAUUUUCGUCGCAGUCCUUACUUUCUUGCUAUUGUCAAACUGA